AUGGUUUUAAACGUAAACACGUUUAUAAGUCUGGAGGCUGACCUUGGCUUGGGGCCCUUCGCUGUUAACUAUGAUCGAAACACAGCAGUGGACGUUACAACACCGAUCUUCAUCGACUACAACACUAUCCUGGUAAACUACAAACAAAAGCGACCAAACUUUUACAGUUACCUUCAAGCUUUUGGAUGGGAGGUUUGGGUGGCAAUGUUUGUGUCCUUACUGACCAUCUCGGGCGUUGCUUGUGUUGCUGAUUACUUGAUUCUCGACAAAGUUCCAUCGAAAAGAGGAGUUCUUGUUUUUUUCAAGUACAUCUGGAGAUUUUACGGGAACCUGUUUUACCAGAGUUCCUCGUAUACCUUUCAUUUCCACCACCGGAGGGUGUUACAAGCGUUUUGGUGGAUUACGGUAAUCGUGCUUAUGCAAAGUUUCAGUGGACAUCUGAUGGCCACGCUAAUGAUGGACUCAGGAAAUCAGAUUGACGAUUUAAGUGAGCUGGAUAAGUCCAAUAUUCAACCCGCCGUGGAAAUUGGUUCAUCUUUACAUUCCAUGUUCAUGUACGACAAAGACCCGCUCCAUAAAAGGAUCUAUCAAAAGAUGGUCGAACAAGAAAGUCAGUCUUUCUUGCCGCUAUCGAAGCUGGUUUCAGAUAAAGUUCUUGAUCUCGUAAAACAAGAACAGUUUGCUGUUGUUUGUGAUACCCUAGCGAUAAAAUCUGCCAUAGCUGCCAGAUACAGCAGAGGAGGAGAAUGUGGCUUUUACAUUGCCAAACAAAAGUUUCAUCGAUAUAUUCUGGUGAUGACUUUACGAAAAGGACUGCCGAAAAGCCUAAGCUCCAAAGUAAAUCGAUGGAUUGCAUCUUUGGUGGAAAGUCACUUGCUUUCGGCUACAGUUAACAACUACAUUGGAAACUAUACCAAGUGCUUAGGAAGAAAAGCAGAAGAAACUAACGCUCUCUCUCUAGAUGAUCUUCAAGGUGUCUUCAUCUUGUUACUUGGCGGGUUUUGUUUAGCAAUAAUUAGUUUCACAUGUGAAAAACUUUGUAUCAAAGGUUAAGCUACAAGUGAUACAUACCAAGCUGCUCCAGUAGCACUAGGUGUGCCUUUAUUAACACAUCAAACUAUCACCAGACAUUAUCAAAUCUUGAUAAUUAGAGUAGGAAGAAUAGCUAUAACACCAUGCUUUAAUAUUAUGUAGGUUUCGGGUUUUCAUGUCUAUAUAGAUAAACUCAGAUCAGGAAGAAU